AUGGAGGAUGUGAAAGAAUUUUUUAAUCAUGAGGUGGAUCUACCAAUAUAUUGUGAUAAAGAUAAUGUAGGAAAUAAUCUUAAUCUGAUAAAAGAAAAAUAUAAAGAGAAACUUUUCAACCUUCUUGAAGAAAUAAAAGAAAGUCAAGAACUGUUUUAUAGAAAUGAUCAAUAUAAAAAUAAUUUAAAAGAAAGAUGUGAAUAUGAAUAUAGAAAUAAGAAUGAAGAAGAAGAAAAAAAAAUAGAUGAGCAUGAUGAUAAUAUAAUAAAUAAUUAUAAUAAUCAUAUAAAUGUAAAUGUAAAUAUAAAUGAUGAGAAUAAUCAAAAUUGUUUAGAUAAUUUACAAUUGUUUAAAAGAAAACGUCAUGAUAAUUAUAAUAAUGAGAAUAUGGAAGAAAUAAAUAAAAGACGGAAGAGUGAAAAUGAUAAAAACCUUUUUUUAGAUAUAUCAAAUGAUAAGAAUAAAGAUAAUUCACAUCACUAUAUUGAUAAUAUAUAUAAUUAUAAUUAUAAUUAUAAUAUGAAUGAUUUUAUUAAGAUAGAUGAAAAUUAUAAUUUUAUUAAUUCAAAUGAAUUUAUUUGUAAUAUACCUUUAAAAGAACAAUGCGAUUUAAAAAAUUUAUUUUCUUAUUUUAUAGAGUCUUUAAAAAAAAAAAGUAAUCAUGAUAAUAUUUUUAAAAAGACUUAUAUUGAAUGUCUACAAAGAAAUAACAAUAAAUUAUUACAAGGUCCUUUUGAUGAAAAUAAUUUAUUCUUAUAUAAAAGUUAUUUUUAUAAAAUAAAAAAAAUCUUUUCUUUAUUUUAUUUCGAUUUCUUUUUAUAUAUAAUUAAUGAUAUGAUAUCUGUGGAGGAAGGUAUGGAUUUUAUUCUUAACGAAUUGUUUUCUAUAAAUGAGCAAUUUUUUAAGGAUCUAAAAGAUAUUUUAAAAAAAAAACAUCCACACUAUAACAACAAUAAUAAUAAUAUUAAUAGUAAUAAUAUUAAUAGUAAUAAUAGUAAUAAUAUUAAUAGUAAUAAUUACAAGUGUGGGGAUUUUAUAUCAAAUGAUGAGAACACUCCAAAUAAUUAUAAUAACCAUAUCGAUAAUCCUACAAUAAAUAAAAAUGAUAUAUCUAAUCAUAAUACAUAUAAUUUAAAUGAUAUAAAAUCUUCAUAUAAUGAAGAACAAGAAAAUAAUAUGAAUAGAAAUCAUCUACAUUAUGAUAAAGUCAAUUCUUUUUAUAAUAAUAAUGAUGAUGUUUUAAAAGAAAAAUAUUUAAUUAUUCCUUUCAAAGAAAUUAUUUUAAACAGUUUACAUUAUCUAAUAGAAAUUAUUGAUCAUAUUAAAGAAGAAAAAAAAGAAAAAUAUAACAAAUAUAAAGAUAUUAUAGUUUGUUGUAUCAAAUUUUUAAAAGAUAAAAAUAUUAUUUCUUAUAAAGAAGCAGCCACAUUUAUAGAAUGUAAAAAUAUAGAUAAAUUAAAUUUAUUUAAUAAAGAAUUAUAUAAACUUAUAACCAAAUUAAAAACCAAAAAUAUGUAUAGUAUUUCUAUAUAUAAUCUUAUAAAUGAAAAUAUUAAUGCAUAUGGAAAGAUUAUUUUUCUUCUACAAAAAUUUUUUACAAAGAAUACUAAUGAAAUAAAACAAUAUAAUAACCAAAAAAAAAAAAAAAAAAAAAAAAAUUUUAAAAAAAUUCUAAACGAAUUAGUAAUUAAAUGGGAUCAAAAUGUAGAAGUAAAACAAAAGAAUAAUAAAUCCUCAAAAAUAGAAGCAACUCAAACAGGACAUAAAUUUCAAAAUAAAUUCCAAAAUAAAUUCCAAAAUAUUUAUAAUUCUUAUGGUCAAAUGAAAAAAUUAUGGAAAAGACAUCUGAAUUGUUAUUAUUGUAAUGAUUUAAUAAAUUUAAAAAAUGAUAUCUUUUUAAUAUCUGGUUUACAUAAUUUAUGUCCAAGAAGAAUAUUAUCUAUACUUUUAUUUUUUUAUGAACAAAAUAUUGAAAGUGAAAAGCAACUGCUGCCAUUAUUUUUUAUGUAUUCAAAGGAAAUAAUAACUGAUGUAAUUAUCUUAGAAUUAAAAAUUAGAAAUAAUUAUGUAAAUGAAUUAUAUAAGGAGGACUUGAUCAAAUUAAAAAAUAUGAAUGUUAAGAAUGAAGAAAAUGAAAAUAAAAAUACGACUAAUCAAAUGAACGAAAAUAAUAAUAAUACGAUUAAUGAGAGUAAUAUGAGUACUGGUAAUACUAUUAACCACACAAGUAAUAAUAAUAAUAAUAAUAAUAAUAAUAAUAAUAGUAAUAAUAAUAAUAGUAAUAAUAAUAAUAGUAACAAUAAUGAUAAUAUUGUUGACUCAUCAAAUAAUCAGAAUGGUAACUCUAAUAAUAAUUUUAUUUUUAUGUUUACACAAAAUAAUUUUUUUACACAUAAUUAUUUUAAGAUGUGCUCUAUUUUAAUUCUUAACGAUUUAUUAAAUUUCGAAAUUUUCUAUUCACAUUUACUUCCAAAUGAUAUAUUAUUAAAAAAUAUGUUUGAAGAAUUAUAUGAAAAAUAUUACAAAGAAUAUGAUAAUUCAAAUCCUGAUAAAGUCUCUUCUUUUUUUUAUAAUUACAUGCCAAUGGAUAUAAAUGACUUGCAUAAUAUAUAUGAAAAGGUAAUAACAUAUACAACUCAAUCCAAGGAAGUAAUAAAGAGAAAGGGUUCAUCGACUCUAACCAAUACUACAACAAAUAUGAACAAUAAAAAUAAUAAAAUUAAUACAAAUAAUAUGAACAAUAUUAAUAGUGUGAAAAAUGUGAAAAAUAUCAAAAAUGUGAAAAAUAUCAAAAAUAUUUGUAAUGAUAUCCCUUUUAAUCAUUCAUCAGAAAAAGAAUAUAAUCAAAUUACAUUUUCUUCAUCAUUUAAAGAUUCAUUUGUAAAAAAUAAUAAUCCUAAAUAUAAAUUUUUAAAUAGUUGUAAAGAUUCAAGAAAAAUUCUGGAAGAAUCUAAUCCUUUAUAUUUAUAUGAUCAUAUUAUAAGUUUCUUAUUAAAUACACAAGAUGAGGAAUUAAAAAAAAAAUAUGAUGAUAUCCAAUGUUUAAAUAAUAAAGAUCCAAUUGAAUAUUAUUUAUAUGACUUAAUUCACAAUAAAUCAAAUACAUUUGAUAACUUUAUUAAAUGUUUUAUAGAAAGAGAAUUAAAAGUCAGAAUAGAAAAUAUAAAUUCAAAUUAUAAAACAUAUCCUAAUUUUUUUAAUUAUGUAUUUCUAGAAAGUGAUCCUUAUCUAUUAGUAUUGGCUAGAUUAUUUUUUAUCAAGAAUUCAAAAUUUUUAUUUUUAUCAUCAUUAAUAGAAUUAAAUGCAUGGGGUUUAAUACAUACUGUAAUUAAACACAUGGAAACAUAUAAAUGUAAUCCAUAUUUAAAUUAUUAUAUACAUUCUGCAUUCUCAAAAUUAAUCUAUUAUAUUAUUAUGAACUUUGAGAAGAAAUAUGUUAAAGAUAUUAUAAAUAAGGACUCAUCAUUGAAACGAAAAAAAUGGAACUCUAAAAGGAGAAUAAAAAAUAUUCAUACACACAAAAAAGAAGACAUAAACGAUAAUAAUAAUAAUAAUAAUAAUAAUCAUAGUGAUGAUAAUAAUAAUAAUGAUCAUCAUCAUAAUAACCAUAGUGAUGACAAUACUUUUAAAACACCAUGCUUUUUUUGUAAUAUAAAUUUGUGUGGGUCACAACUGUGUAGCUAUAAAUCCAUUCAAAUUAUCAAGAAAAAUAAGAAAUAUAUUGAAUCAUUAUUUAAAAAUGAAAAGAAAAUAAAAAACAAAAAAAAAAAAAUUAAAAGUUUAUUAACAAGGAAGCAAAAAUAUUUAUAUAAAAAUGUAAAGCAAGAAAAUUUGAUAAAUGUAAAAACAAAUAAUAUGAUGAAUAAUCAUAUAUAUAAUAUAAAAAAUGAAACUAUAAAUAUGAAUUAUUUUAUAAAAUCAUUAAAAAAUAGUAAUUAUGAAUUUUCUUCACAUAUAUCUAAUAAUUUAUUAUAUUCUGAUGAUGAUAUUAUAAAAAAUAAAAAAAUUAAAAAAAAUGUAAAUCAUAAUAUAAAAAAAGAAAACCAAAUAUAUGAUAAAAAAAAAAAAAGAAAAAAAUCAAAAUGUGACGAUGAUCAUAAUAAUGACAAUAAUAUUAACAUGACUAAUUUGAAUCACGAUAGUGUUGUUAUAAAUAACAUCUUGUUAGAUAAUCAAAAAAAUAAUUGUUAUUUAAGAAAGAUUAAAAAUAUAGAAGAAUUUAUGCAAUUUAUUUUAAUAUUUUUACAAUAUUUAGGUUAUUUUGGAUUUAUAUAUAAAUCAUUAUUAAAAAGAAUUCUUCGUAUUCUUUUUUUUUAUGCAAACAGUAUAAUCAAUUCAAAUGAUUCAAAUAAAAAACUACAUCCAAACUUUGAAAAACUAUUUAUAAAAUAUUUCUUUUUUGUUAUUAUUAAUGAUGAUAAUGAGCAAGAUGAAGAAAACAAAAGUAUUAAUGAUGAUAUAUGGAAUAUUCUCAAAUUAUUACCUGCAUCAGAUAGAUAUAAAUUAUAUUUUAAAUUUUUUAAAAAAUUACAAAAGGGCAGAAAAAACUUGAAUAAAUUAAAAAACGUGAAAGGAUAUGAAAUAAAAUGUAAGAUAAAUUCGACAGAUAAAAUAAAUCACCACCACAACAAUAAUAAUAAUAAUAAUAAUAAUAAUAAUAAUAAUAGUAAUAAUAGAUAUAUACAAAAUAAUAAUUUAAUUACAAGUAUAAAUGUUAAAGAUCCAGUUGAUGACCAAGACAAAUGUGACAACAAAAAUGUAAAUAAUAUUAAGAUAAAUAAUAAAAACAUAUCAGUUAAUAAUGAUAAUAUUAAUAAUAAAGAAUUAUUUAAACUUGUAUAUCAACAUAAAAACUCUAUUAUUACAUUAUCUUAUUUAAAUUUCGAAAUAAUUAAAUGCAAAUUAAGAAAAAUUAUUAAAAGAAUCACUUCUGAUAUAUUAAAAGAUAGAUAUAAUCCAAAGGUGGAAAGUAUGCUAUCUGAAUUUACUAAAUUAAUUAAUAGAAAUCCAUUUGAUUGUUCAGAUAUUAUAUUACAACAAUGUGAAUUAUUUGAUAAUAAUAUGAUUAUUACAUUAUCUGAAUCUAUUAAAAAUAUACAUAAUUUUUCUAGUGAUAUCUUUUUGUAUAAAAUAUUAGAAAGACAACAAUUAUUAAAUGUUCAUAAUUAUCAGUUAAAUAAACAAUCUAAUAAUAUAAAUAAUUUUGAACUUAUUGAUGAUUCUAUUUUUAAACCAAAAAAAUUAAUAAAUAUAUCAUUAGUAGGAGCCAAAUUUUUAUGUAAACAUCCAUCUGUUAAUUUUUAUCCUUUGGUUAUAUCUAUAUUUAAAAGAAUAUUUUCAGAAUUACAUACAUCUGACCAUGUAUAUCUAAAAAAUAAAUCUUAUAUAUCUAAUCAGAUAUUAUUAUUAUUCUUGUUAAAUCAUUGUAAAAAUGAAGUUCAAAAAUAUAUCAACUCAUCACAAUAUGAUAAUAAUAAUAAUAAUAAUAAUAAUAAUAAUGUGAUAGAUGCAAAUGUUUAUAUAUCAAACCAUAUGAAUCAAACUAAUCAACUGUCAAAUGUAACUGAAGAGAAUAAUAAUUAUAUUCAUAAUAAUAGCGUUACCACUAGUGAUACACACAAUGUAUUAAUAUAUGAUAAUGAAAAUGUACUCAUAAAUUAUAUUAAUAUAUAUCCAAAUGAAUAUAUUAAUCCAUAUGAUUUAAUAAAUAACCAGCAAGAAUAUGAUCAAUCUGAAUAUUACGAAAAAAAUAGAAUCGAACAUUCUGUGUUAAGUGGACUUAAUAAAAAAUAUCCAGAUAUUAUGACAGGAUAUUUUUUUGAUUUAGAUUAUAUUCAAAAAUUAAUUGAAAUAUAUGCUGAUACUAAUGCUUCUUUAGAUGUACAAGAAUUAAAUGAAGAUCAAUUGAAUGCUCAAUGUGGACUCAAACUAAUUAAAGAAGAAAUUAUGAUUUUACAAGAAAAUUUUAAUUUAAAAAUUAAUAAUACUGAAUAUGAAUAUAUACAACAAAUUGAACAAGAAGAUGAAAAAUUAAAAAAUGCAUGUAUUCAAAAUGCUAUACAAAUAUUCUUAAAUCCAAAUUAUAUUUAUUUAAUAUUUUUUAUUCUUUCCAAAAUUAAAUAUGAAUAUCUAUUUGAUAGUAAUACAAAUAAUCUAAGAAACUUAUCAGCCAUGGUUGAUAAAAUACAUAUAGUCUUGUUACAGUUUAUUGAGUUCUUACAAACUAAUAUUAAACCAUCUUUAUAUUUCUCAUAUAUACCUAAUAUAUUGCACAUCUUUCAGUUUUUUGAUAUAUCCCAAUCAUUUCAUAUAACCAGAUUUGCAUUUCCAUUUUUUAAGCAAACAAAUUAUAAACAUAAUCAUAAUAUUAAUCAGGUCAACACUAAAAAGGAAAAACAAAAUGAAAAUAAUAAUACAUCUGUGAUGAAGAAAGAUAUGACGUCUACAACUAAGGAGGUUCAAUCAGACACUUCGAUCAAGCAAGAAGGAAAUGUAAACAAUUUGAAAGAAACAAAACAAACAAAUGGUGAUCAUAUUAAAAGUGAUAAUAUUAAAAGUGAUAAUAUUUUAAGUGAAUCUCUUUUAUGUGAUAAUCCUUUAAGUGAAACUCUUUUAUGUGAAACUCCUUUAUGUGACACUCUCAAAUGCGAAUCUCCUAUCAGUAAAAUCAAUGAAGAAACGGAUGAUCAAAUUAAAAAAUACGACGAUCCCAAUUUUAAUCACGUAAACGAACUGUUGUGGAAAAUACUUUUAAUGCCAAUAGUAGACAAAUAUUUAAAAGAAGAAGAAUUGAACGGCAUAAACAUUAAUUUUUAUCUUACUUAUUGGAGAUUAAGCAUAUCAGAUAUAUAUGUUCCACAUAAACAGUAUCAAAAAGUAUUAGAUAAGUAUGAAAAUUAUAUAAAAAAGUUAGAAAAAUAUUAUGAAGAAAAUAAAAAAAAUGACGAAUAUAAAUGGAUUCCUAAACAAAUAAAAAAAUUAAAUAUAAAAAAAAAUAAUUUAAAAAAUGAAUAUGAAUAUCAUAUAAAUCAUACAAAACAAAUUAAAAAAUAUCUAGAACAUAUUGUUGAACAUUGGGUAGAUCCACAAAAAGUUAGUUUAAAUACAUUUGUAGCUUUUAUAAAAUGUCUAAUAGCACCUAGAAUUCUAAACAGUGAAAAAGAUUCAUUAUUCUGUUCAAAAUUUAUGCAAAUAUUAUUAGAAUUACAUACACCAUUAUUUAAUCUAUGCACCUUAGUAUAUAUAUUUAUAAAAAUGCUAAUGCCAUUAAUUAAUGCAUGUACAGAAAAAGAAGCAUUAAACAUAGGAAUAUUUUUUAAUGAUUUCUUUUCAUAUAUAUAUUUAUUAUGUGAAGAUAUUAAAUAUUUUCAAAAUGUAUCAAAUAAAAAUCCAUGUUUUAGUUAUACUCUCAAUUUUCAAUCAAAAGAUACAAUUACUCAUAAUAAUAUUAUUCAAAAAGUUAUCAAGUGGGAAAAAACUAUACUCUCAUUAUUAUUUGAAAAUAAUAAUUUCGAAAAAUCGUGGAUUAAUUCAAAAUCGGUUGUUAUCUUCUUAUUCAGAUUUUUAAAUACAUUUCCAUAUUCAUACAAAAUUAAAAAUUCAAUAAAAACGUAUCUUGAAAACUUACAAAAUUUUGCAAAUAAUCAAGGAUGGAAAGAUAUUGUUAUAUCAAUUAAUAGUUUGAAGACAAUGAUGGAGAAAAACAGAAAAAGUUCCGUAGGUGAAAAAAAGGAUUUACCAGUAAAAAGUCAAGAAGUUAAACAAAGCACUUCAAGAACAAGCGUAAAUAAUGUUAAUACAGACGUAAAUGUUACAAUGAAUCCUUUCAAUAAUUCAACGCCUGUCCAUAUUCCAUCCAAUCCACCUUUUGCUCCUAUGCCCAAAAAUAUAUAUAAUCCAAAUGUUUAUCCAAUAGUACAAAAUCCUAUUAAUCCUCCACCUAAACCAUAUAUGAAGGAUAACAAUUAUAACAACAAAGUACCCCCUCCACAGGAACCUAAUAAUUUUAUACAUACAUCAACUAGAAAUGAGAUUUUUAUAAACGGAAAUAAAGAUAACAAAUACAAAAGAAGAUUACAAAUAUUUAAUAAUUUAAGGAAAAAUAUGAAUUACUAUCCAAACGUACAAAGAAAAUUCAUUUAUAUGAAUAAUAAAUAUAUUCGUAAUAAUAAAUCAAAAUUUAAUAAUGGAAAUAUAAUUUAUGGAAAAAAUAUGAAUUAUGCAUUUCAACAAAAUUAUCGAAAUGCUAAUUCAUAUAAUACGUCAUCUAAUAACGACAUAUCUACAAAGAACAAUUUUUCGAACAUUCAGAAUUAUAUGACAAAUAAAAAUAAUACUAACUUUUUUAAAAGAUAA